AUGGACCGUCCCACUCACAGUCCAAGUUGUUCGCCCAGCAUCCAGUCGCUAAGAGAUCUGAGAGAUCGAUUCCUGCCCAGCAGAUCCUCGCCAAACCCGCAGGCGUCACUGGAUGCGGAGGUUGAAGACCACGAGAUCACUGAACAUGAGAUCAACGAUCCCUUGAAUCCUGACCAACCUUCCUACGUCGUUGUCGAUAAAACCUCCAAAAUGGAAUGUGUCGUCUGUCACAGCCGCCUCACUCAAGACAGAGGGGUUCAUUGUCCUGCCUGCGCUCGUGCGCUCCUCUACAAUGUCCGUACAGAACUCGCCAAGGUCUUACUCGAGAAGGAGGACCUUGGUCGCAAGGUGGAAGCCAUUGUUGGCCCUGAGCCAGAUCCCUCCAAACCACUCGACGAGGAGACCGCGGCAAUGAGAAGAGCAUGGCAAGCCCAGUGUAUCCGCAACGACACACAGCAGAUCCGGGAACAGACUGCAGAAGUGGAGCGCGUCCUGGCAGAAAAGCAAAAGGAACUUGAGGAGAAGAAAGCAAGAGCGCAAGCCAUGAGAGAAAAUAUAGCUCGGAAACGAGCCAAUAUUGCUGCUGCUGAAGAGGCCCUAGCCAGAGGCGAUAUCAAGAAGUACGAAGAACUCCGAGAAGCCUUCUACAAACAGAAAGCCCAGCACGACGCCGUUCACAACAAGGUUGUCGAAUCUAAAGCAGUCCUGUGUCGAAAGGCUGCCGAUCUGUUGAAAUUGCAACACACCAAGAAGAAGGCCAAAGACGGUACGAUUAAGGAUCGAUACACCAUUGCAGGUCUUCUGCUGCCGGAUUUGAGAGAAAUCAACAACAUGCGAUGUACUGAAUUGACUGCGGCCAUUGGAAACGCCACCCGACUCAUCAUGCUUUGUGCCUUCUAUCUUGGUAUCCGACUCCCGGCCGAAAUCACUCUUCCUCAUCCAGACUAUCCACUACCCACGAUCAAUACACCGCCCACUUCUUACCACGGCCAGCGCACCGCAUUCCCCGGUAGUGGCUCUAGCCUCUCGGCACCCGGCAGUCCGACUGCGUCUCGAAUGGACCUCAGCUCAUUCCCGCGCCCGCGCCCGCUCUUCAUCGGCUCGGACAAUCACGACGAAAUCGUUGCACAAUUUGCCAAAAAAGAACCACUUGCAUUCAGCUUCUUCUUGGAAGGCAUCUCACUUCUCGCUUGGAACAUUGCUUGGCUUUCCCGCUCCCAGGGCUUUCUUACAGGCACCGAGAGGUGGGAAGAUGUCUGUGCCAUCGGUCGCAACCUGUACCAGAUGAUCCUCGGUCCUCCACAGUCCGCGGCCACGUUCCGUGUCCUCACCCAGCGAGAUAUCCAAACCCGUCAACGCCGCUCUCAGAGCACGUCGUCGCCUACCCGAGAUGCCACCAUCAUCACUGGCCGUCUUGGUUCACAAUCCCAUACAUCCGCUCACACCCACCUCGGCCGAGCCUCUGACAACCAGAUUCCUGCCUGGCGUCUGGACAAAUACACUACGAUCGUCGACCCCCUGAAGAAAUAUCUACUGACGGAGAUGAACAAUGCGGAGUGGGAACUUCUGGAUGAACAGGAGUGGGAUGACGGCGGAGAGAAGAUGGACGAGGCGGUGUUCAUCAAGACCCGGGCAUUGGACGGGAAGGAGUACGAUGAUGCUAGAAGCAUCAUGACCACCACGACGACCACCAAAAUGGCUGGCACGGGUGGAGAUGAGGAAGGUGCCCGGGGCAAGGGCAAGAGUGGCUGGACCAAGGUUAAGAGCCGCGACAAGGCCUGA